UUUGACAGUGUGCCGGCUACUGCAUCAGUCCAAACUGCCCUUCCAAUAAACAUGGCCGCCGCCGCCGCCGCCGCUUUCUUCUUCUUCGCCAUCAGCCUUCAUGCCGAGCUCGGCCUUGGUUGCUACACUUCCAUCUUUAGCUUCGGCGCCUCUGUUGCCGACACCGGCAACUUUCUCAUCCUCACCGGCAACUCCAGCCUGGCCGGCCGCCUUCCCUAUGGCGAGACCUUCUUCCACCACCCCACCGGCCGCUUCUCCGAUGGAAGGCUAAUCAUCGACUUCAUUGCGCAAGCAAUGGGUUUGCCGUUAGUGAAGCCGUAUCUCGGCGGCGGUGGAGCAGAGGACUUCAGGCACGGAGCCAACUUUGCGGUCGCCGGAGCCACCGCGCUCGACGUCGAUUAUUUCCUAUCCAGAGGGAUAGAGAAUCUUUCCUCAAACAACUCCCUGAGCGUACAGCUCCGCUGGUUCGAGCAACUCCUGCCUUCGCUUUGCUCCUCUGCUUCGGACUGCGCCGCUUUUCUGAGCAACGUCCUGUUCUCGGUGGGGCAGAUCGGAGCCAACGACUACAACUUCCCCUUCUUCCAAAACCGAAGCGUCGGCGAGAUCGCAACCUUCGUUCCCGACGUCGUCAGCGCCAUCGGCUCCGCCAUAGAAAUAUUGAUCGAGAUGGGCGCGAGAACGAUGGUGGUGCCGGGGAGCUUUCCGAUGGGUUGCUGUGCCGUGUACCUGAACAUCUUCCAGGGCGAAAAGCAAGAGAGCUACGAUCCCCAAACCGGGUGCAUAAAUUGGCUCAACGACUUCGCCAUCCGCCACAACCGCCUGCUGGUGGCGGAGUUGCAGCGGCUCCGGCGCCGGCACCCGGAGGUGGCCAUCAUGUACUCCGACGUCUACCACGCCGCUAUGGCCAUCUAUGCUUCUCCCCCAAGAUUACGGAUUCGAGGAGCCUGUUCUUGAGGCGUGCUGUGGAUACGAUGGUGGCACCUACAGAUUGAAUGCGACGGUGCCGUGCGGCAGUGAAGCCAACAGCGUUUGCAGCGACCCGUCGAAGAAGAUAUGGUGGGACGGGCUGCACACGACGGAGGCGGCAAACCGGAUCAUCGCCGGCGGUCUUCUCGGGCCCUACACCGUCCCCCCUAUUUCACAAGAUUGUCCCGACGUAAAUCGGGAGGUCGACGGAUUCCAUGAUGGUGAUGGCCACAUGGCCUCUGCAAUUAAACCGAUGGGAACUUGUCGGAAAUCGAGUGAUGGCAGAUGAUUUUCGGCGGAAAGUGAUGGAAAAACUACUCUUCCAAUUAUUUCUUACAAUUAUUUUAGAGGAAGUUGGUAUUUAAUAAUAAUAAUAAUAAUAAUAAUAAAAUUGUAAGGUAGACUGUUAUUAAUUAACAGUAAUCACUUUUCCGCGUAUCUCAUUCAAUCAGGUCCACGCCAAUGCUAAAUUUUAGGAGACGAAGCCUACGCUCUUAUUCAUUCUUAUA